UCGCCUUGUAAAGAGAGACGUCGGGAGUCGUGGAUCCCAGCCGAACAAAGCAACGAUAUUAGACAAGUCCAUCCCUACGAACCAGGGACCCCCUCCAGCAUCUGAUGUAUCCAUCCAGAGACCUCCGCCAGUCAAGCCAGCCAACAAGAGAGUGCCGACGGCGGCCAUGAUCAGCGACUACAUGGGCGUCAAACCUGAACUUUUCCCCCACACCUGUAGUCUCUGUAACAAACCUUGUUUUGGCAUGAAGGCCUGGCUGGAACACAGGAUUCACAUAGUCCACCUUGCCUAUUGCAGACUUCUACGCAGACAGUAUUCUGAAUGGGAGCCGGAUACAGUUUCACUUGAGUAUUCUGAAUGGGAGCAGGAUACAGUUUCACUUGAGUAUUCUGAAUGGGAGCUGGAUACAGUUUCACUUGACUCAACCCCUGAAGAAUCCCAGCAACCCCCCACGACAACCGCAGUCCCCGCCUCCUCCCUGAGUUCCAGGCCCAGUCUACAGGCAAUCAGCCAUGGAGGUCCUGGCCCGUCAAACUCUGCACCUCCCUUGCCGAGGAGGAUUUUGGAAGCACUCGCGUCUUGGACUCCACCGAAGAGAUCAAGGUCAAAGUCUUCAGGAAGGAAAGGAUCGAGGUCUCCACGGACGAAGAGGUCAAGGUCUCCACGGACGAAGAGGUCAAGGUCUCCACGGAAGAAGAGGUCAAGGUCUCCACGGAGAAAGAGGUCAACGUCGCCAGCGAGUUUGUGGUCCCCAGAUUGGAAGCGAACCAGCGGUAUUGCUAGCUCAUUGCUUCGCUCCAGACCUAUCCACAGCCGUAGAAGCCGCUCCCGGUCCUCGCCAAGCUCCUCCCCCAGCUCAGACCGUUACCGUGGCAAAAGGCCGUCCUCACCAGCCAGGAGAUCUAGGCGAAGCUCUGGGUCCCCACGAAGGGGUCGGGGGUCACGAUCGCCCCGACAUGCACGUGGUACCAGACCCAACCGCAGGUCCCGCUCUGGGUCUCGAUCCCCUCACCCCUCCUCUCAGCGAAGACGGUCGCGCAGUCACGAUGGGAGGUCUUCGGGUCGCAGACAAGAGGAGACCAGCGUAGAACAGCUGGCCAAGAAACUACUGGAAUCCUCUGGUGUCCAGAGCUUUACAGGCUCCUCCAGUCUAGAGCUUGUGGUCCAGACUCUGGCCCCAGUGCUGCUGGCAGAGCUGGCCAAGCUGAAGGCCGCUUCAUCAUCAUCCUCUGAUUCAUCUAAAGAUCAAAAAAAGCCAUCCUCGUCAUCUAGAGAUGAACAGAAGCAGUCAUCCUCCUCAUCUAGAGACGAGAAGAAGCCAUCCUCCUCCUCUAGAGAUGAACAGAAGCCAUCAUCCUCAUCAUCUAGAGACGAGAAGAAGCCAUCCUCCUCUUCCUCAUCUAGAAAUGAACAGAAGCAGUCAUCCUCCUCAUCUAAAGACGAGAGGAAGCCAUCCUCCUCUUCCUCAUCUAGUGAUAAACAGAAGCAGGCAUCCACUUCUUCGACCAAUGGAGGGAAUGAACCACCUUUGUCCUCUUCCUCUGUUAAGGGAAUCAAGAAGGUGCUGGUUAAGAAGAGUGAACCAACUAAAUCUGCAAAACCUCCAGGGUCGGGUCUCCUGGGCUUCGUACCGGCCCACCCUCCCCUGCUCCUGUCUGGGCUUCCCUCCGAGGUCACCCAGCAGCAGGUGUUCUCCGCUGUGGAGAAGUUCGGAAAAAGCAGACUCACUUCUGUGGCGGGACAAGAGGCCACGGUGUACUUUCUACAAGAAGCUGCCGCUCAUGCCUUGCUCGGCUUUACGGAGCUGAAGAUUGGUGGAAAUCCAAUCACUGUGACACGGAUAGCGGUACCUGGGACAACAACAGUGCCACACCUUCUUCCGACCCCGGUUUCUUCUGUCCAAGUAAAAAGCUCUGCCGCAAUGGCCAUCAAUGUUGUGGCAGAACCUCCCUCAAUUUCCUUGCAAAGCAACAAGACGACCGCGCCCGGUAUCAAAACGACCACACCCGGUACCGAAGGGACCACGCCUGGCAACAAGAAGGCCACGCCUGGCAGCCAGAAGGCCACGCCUGGCAACCAGAAGGCCACGCCUGGCAACCAGAAGGCCACGCCUGGCAACCAGAAGGCCACGCCUGGCAACCAGAAGGCCACACCUGGCAACCAGAAGGCCACACCUGGCAACAAGAAGGCCACACCUGGCAGCAAGACAACCACGCCUGGCAACAAGAAAACCACGCCUGGCAAAAAGACGCCUACGCCCAGCAAGUCAACAACCACGCCUGACAACAAGGUGACAACACCCGGCAACAAGGCGGCCUCGCCUGGUAACAAGACUGCCACGCCUGGCAGCACGACCAUGCCCAGCAAAAAGAUGAUACCUGGCAACACCAUAACCACGCCUGUCAACAAGACGGCCACACCCGCCAACAAGAUGGCCCCGCCCGUUACCGUAACGAUCACACCUGGUAGCGACACGACCACAACCGGCAACACAACAACCAUGUCUGAAAACAAGACGACCACACCCGGCAACAAGACGACUGUUCUCUGCAAAACGACAUCCAUGCCUAGAAACACAACGACUGUGCCUGGCAGCACAGCAACGGCCGGCGACAAGAUGACCACACCCGGCAACAAGACUGCCACACCUGGCAGUGACACGACCACAACCGUAAACACAGAAACCAUGUCUGAAAACAAGAGGACCGCACCCGACAACAAGGCGGCCACGCCUGGUAGCACAACAACCAUCCCCGGCAGCAAGAUGACCACACCUGGUAACGAGAUUACCACGCCUGGUAGCACAACAACCAUGCCCAGCAAAAAGGAGAUAACCCCUGGCAACACCAUAACCACGCCUGUCAACAAGGCGGCCACACCUGGCGACAAGAUGGCCCCGCCCGGGGACAAGAUGGCCCCGCCCGUUACCGUAACGAUCACACCUGGCAGCGACACGACCACAACCGGCAACACAACAACCAUGUCUGAAAACAAGACGACCACACCCGGCAACAAGACGGCCACACCCGGCAACAAGACGGCCACACCUGGUAACAAGAUUGCCAUGCCUGGUAGCACAACAACCAUGCCCAGCACAAAGAAGAUAACUCCUGUCAACACCAUAACCACGCCUGUCAACAAGGCGGCCACACCCGGCGAAAAGAUGGCCCUGCCCGUUAACGUAACGAUCACACCUGGCAGCGACACGACCACUACCGGCAACACAACAACCACGCCUGACAACAAGGUGACCACACCCGGCAACAACACGGAAACGCCUGGAAUAAACACCGCCCUGCCUGGCACAGCAUCAAUUAUGCCUGGCAACGAGACCGCAACCCCUGGCAACACAAUAGCCACGCCUGUCAAGAACACUACCAUGCCAAGCAACGCAACAACCUUGCCUGUCAACAAGAUUACCGCACCCGGCAACAAGGCGGCCUCGCCUGGUAACAAGGCGGACAUGCCUGGCAGCACGACCAUUUCCAGCAAAAAGAUGAUCCCUGGCAACACCAUAACCACGCCUGUCAACAAGACGGCCACACCCGGCAACAAGUUAGCCCCGCCCGUUAACGUAAUGAUCACACCUGGCAGCGACACGACCACAACCGGCAACACAGCAACCAUGUCUGAAAACAAGACGACCACACCCAGCAACAAGACGACUGUUCUCUGCAAAACGACAUCCAUGCCUAGAAACACAACGACUGUGCCUGGCAGCACAGCAACGCCCGGCGACAAGAUGACCACACCCGGCAACAAGACUGCCACACCUGGCAGUAAAACGACCACAACAGGAAACACAACAACCAUAACUGAAAACAAGACGACCACACCCGACAACAAGGCGGCCACGCCUGGUAACGAGAUUGCCACGCCUGGUAGCACAACAACCAUGCCCAGCAAAAAGAAGAUAACCCCUGGCCACACCAUAACCACGCCUGUCAACAAGACGGCCACACCUGGCGACAAGAUGGCCCCGCUCGUUAACGUAACGAUCACACCUGGCAGCGGCACGACCACAACCGGCAACACAACAACCACGCCUGACAACAAGGUGACCACACCCGGCAACAACACAGCCACACCUGGCAAAAAGACCGCCCUGCCUGGCAGAGCACCAAUUAUGCCUGGCAACGAGACUGCAACCCCUGGCAACACAACAGCCACGCCUGUCAAGAAAACUACCAUGCCAAGCAACGCAACAACCUUGCCUUACAACAAGACGACCACACCCGGCAACAAGUCGACUGUUCUCUCCAAAACGACAUCCAUGCCUAGCAACACAACGACUGUGCCUGGCAGCACAACAAUGCCCGGCAAAAAGACGACGACACCCGGCAACAAGACGCCCACACCCGGUAACAAGAUUGCCACGCCUGGUAGCACAACAACCAUGCCCAGCAAAAAUAAGAUAUCCCCUGGCAACACCAUAACCACGCCUGUCAACAAGACGGCCACACAUGGCGACAAGAUGGCCCCGCCCGUUAACGUAACGAUCACACCUGGCAGCGACACGACCACAACCGGCAACACAACAACCACGCCUGACAACAAGGUGACCACACCCGGCAACAACACAGCCACGCCUGGUAAAAAGACCGCCCUGCCUGGCACAGCACCAAUUAUGCCUGGCAACGAGACCGCAACCCCUGGCAACACAACAGACAUGCCUGUCAAGAACACUACCAUGCCAAGCAACGCAACAACCUUGCCUCACAGCAAGACGACCACACCCGACAUCAAGACGACUGUUCUCUGCAAAACGACAUCCAUGCCUACUAACAAAACGACUGUUCCUGGCAGCACAACAACGCCCGGCAACAAGUUGACCACACCCGGGAACAAGGCGGCAACGCCUGAUAACAAGAUUACCACACCCGGCAACAAGGCGGCCUCGCCUGGCAACAAGGCGACCAUGCCUGGCAGCACGACCAUGCCCAGCAAAAAGAAGAUAACUCCUGGCAACACCAUAACCAGGCCUGUCAACAAGACGGCCACACCCGGCAACAAGAUGGCCCCGCCUGUUAACGUAACGAUCACACCUGGCAGCGACAUGACCACAACCGGCAACACAACAACCAUGUCUGAAAACAAGACGACCACACCUGGCAACAAGGCGGCCACGCCUGGUAACAAGACGGCCACACCCGGCAACAAGAUGGCCCCGUCCGUUAACGUAAAGAUCACACCUGGAAACAAGAUGGCCUCGCCUGGCAAAACGACGAACACACCUGGCAGCGACACGACCACAACCGGCAACACAACAACCAUGUCUGAAAACAAGACGACCACACCCGGCAAGAAGGCGGCCACACCUGGUAACAAGACGGCCACACCCGGCAACAAGAUGGCCCCACCCGUUAACGUAACGAUCACACCUGGUAGCGACACGACCACAACUGGCAAUACAACAACCAUGUCUGAAAACAAGACGACCACACCCGGCAACAAGGCAACUGUUCUCGGCAAAAAAACAUCCAUGCCUAGCAACACAACGACUGUGCCUGGCAGCACAGCAACGCCCUUUGACAAGAUGACCACACCCGGUAACAAUACUGCCACUUCUGGCAGCACAACAACCACGCCCCGCAACAAGAUGACCACGCCUGGUAGCACAACAACCAUGCCCAGCAAAAAGAAGAUAACCCCUGGCAACACCAUAACCACGCCUGUCAACAAGGCGGCCACACCUGGCGACAAGAUGGCCCCGCCCGUUAACGUAACGAUCACACCUGGCAGCGACACGACCACAACUGGCAACACAACAACCACACCCGGCAACAAGACGCCCACACCCGGCAACAAGACGCCCACUUCCGACAACAAGACGCCCACUUCUGACAACAUAACACCCACGCCUGACAACAUGGCAAUCGAGCUCAGCAACAACACGGACAUGCAAUGCGACACAGAAGUUUUCCCCACCAUCCUCUUCCUCGAAUCAAUUCAAUGUCUGGAUGUUCAGUGUUGGACAUGGAAUAACUUCCUAUACUACGCCACCAGUGGUGCCACCAUCAUGGUGACUGAUCUGCCAGAGAUAAAAUACGAUGUUUACACUGCUACUUCGAUCACAAAAGUUUUGGAGAAGUUUGGCAACAUCCAACGUGAAAAAUGCUUCAUCCUUCCUGACAACUCCACGGCGUUUGUAACCAUGACGGCCAAUAGGAUGGCAUCCCUGAUUGAGGCGCUGAUGAUGGAAGCCUUCUUGAACUUCAAAACUGUCCGCUUUCACCUUCUGAAGGAAAACGCCCUUGAAUCUCCGAUCGACUUCUAUAAACAUCUUCUGCGCUGGAGUGAAAAGCUUUAUGAUGAGUCUACAUUGGAGUACAGACUGGUGUUCAUCAGCAACAUUCCUUAUUGCAAAUCCUCGAUGGACGACAUCCAUAAAGUCCUCAUCAAUACCGGAGGAGUCAGGCACUACCUGCCGAUGAUUGGCAAGAUAUUUGUAGAAUUUGUCACGGUGGAGGAUGCAGACCGAUUCGGUGUCUGGCUGUCCACAUUUCCACUGAGCUGGGAAAUCCAUAUCUCGCGUCCUGGCCUCGACCAACACAAGGCAGGGCGUGAAGAUGCGUUCUUGAUGGCGGUGGCCAACCAGACCAUAUUCUAUCCCACCCUGUCCCCCCAGUUCUACACCCCUGCACACAGGACGGUGAACGGACCAGAAGACCUUGAGUGGGCGGAGACCAAUUUGACUACGCAGAGCGUCAUGGUGACAGGGCUGGCGUUAGGCUCGUACCGCCACAUGGACCUCGUGGAUGAGGUGUGGCCUUACUUCGUGGAGAAGGACAUCAGCCGUGUGUACUACUCCGUAGUGAUACUACCUCUGCAGAGAAGGGCCUUCAUCCACUUUGACAACGCUUUGAAGUGUAAGGAGUUUGUCUCAGAUUUCCUCCACAAGCCGUUCACUAUCGGAGGAUCUGACCUCACCCUCCACUUCCUCCUGGACCAUCUUGAGCCCUGCACCUCAGAGCUGCAAUUGUACAACAGACUGCUGGGAUGGACCAAUGUGGAUUCUGAGGGGCCUGGUUACCAGGACCAGCUGAUACUGAAGGAGAUGGAUUACUGCAGCAGGAAAGAGCUGAGGUGCAUCUUUGACCACUUGACGAACAAAGCACGCAUCAACUGGGUCAGCUGCCUAGUCCUCGCCAACCGGGUGGUUUUCCGGCUCGUUGUGGGACGACCCGAUAUUAAGAGGAUGUCCAAAGUGUUGUAUAAGCUCAAUGGUAAAAAGGGGAGGACUCCAGUUCAAUAUGGGACCAAUCGGGAGGUUGUAGACAAAGUGUGGAAAUCGGUAAGCGAUUUCACGUCAAGCAUUCAGAAAAUAGAUGUCAGGACAGUGAUCAACAGUCCCCAGCAUGCAAAGUCUGGCCAAUCGCCACCGGACCCCUCAGCGCCUGGCCCCUCAGCGCCUGGCCCCUCAGGUCCUGGCCCCUCAGGUCCUGGCCCCUCAGCGCCUGGCCCCUCAGCGCCUGGCCCCUCAGGUCCUGGCCCCUCAGCGCCUGGCCCCUCAGCGCCUGGUCCCUCAGGUCCUGCUCUCCUAACCCCCAUGGCCCCUGCAGAACUCUGCGCCUCAGCCCACGACCAGGACUGGCCCCCGGGCUCCGGCCCCCAGGCUCCAGCCCUGAGUCAGGAGAUGUGCCGCUUCUUUGCUAUGGCCAUCCGCAAGCAUCGACAGGCCAGAGUCGAACAGGAAGUGAGACGAGGUGGACAGGAAGGAAGCCAGAGAGAGGUCUCAAUGAAGCUCCACAAGACCACCUCCUCAUCUACGUCUACUGGAUUGGAGUCCAACUCUUCAACGACAGCCCACUCCUCAUCCAUGUCUGGAGCCACAGUGUCGUCCUCCUCACAUCUCCCCAAGUCCUCCUCAUCUUCUUCAGAUCUCCACAAGUCCUCUUCAUCUUCUUCAGAUCUCCCCAAGUCCUCCUCAUCGUCUUCAGAUCUCUCCAAGUCCUUCUCUUCUUCUCUCCCUCCUCCGGUAGAAGUAGUCCCUUCCUCUUCUGAACAGAACACACAACAGAAGUGUGAAGAAUCUUCUGCCCAGGUGUCUGAGGCUUUUGACACAACACACACUCCAUCGCCUACCAGCCAGGAAGGGUCACGCAUCACUACCACGAAGGAGGCGGAGUCUCUUCCUGCCUGUCCACCAAUCAGAAGGAAGGAGGAACUAAGUGAAGCAGCCAUGGUAUGUGAAGAUGACAUGGCGAGGCCUGGCCACAUGAUUGCAGCAGAGACCUCUGCAGUGAAAAGUGCAGCAUCACUGACAGGAAAGGAUGUCUUACACACUGAUCCAUGUCUAGAGGAAGAGGGGAAGAGAAAGGCCCAGCAAGAGUUAACCCUCACAGGAAAGGAUGUGGUCGUCUCUCCCAGCGAAGACAUGAAGGAGAACAGAGUAGAGGUGGAUGAAACACAAGAGCAGCUGGGUGAUGAAAAGACAAGCGACCAGAUGCUCCGUUCGAGGCCAGAGUGUGGUGAGGAGACGCCUCACCAAACCCUGGUCCAGCCUGAGAUACCAGGCCUCCCUGACCCUGAGAGCCAAAACUCUGAACCCCAAGAGGAGGAAAUGUUGGCCAAAGUCGCUGAUGAAGCUGAGCCAUUCCAGGAUGUCCCAGAUCACAAAGAGAAUAUUUUGGAAGAGGGGAAGGUGACAAUUGUAGAAGAACAAAUGCCUUCUGUGAAUGAAGAAAUCCCAUCGGUAGUUUCGGAGACAGCUGAUGCUUUACUCAACGGAGCAUCGACAGAGGAAGGAGACAUCAACCGGCUCAUGGACUGUGUUGAAGGAUCUCCUCCCGAAGAGGAGGAGCAGAAGACCAAGGAAACCCAAGAGGAGCAGAAGACCAAGGAAACCCAAGAGGAGGAGCAGAAGACCAAGGAAACCCCAGAGGAGGAGCAGAAGUCCAAGGAAACCCAAGAGGAGGAGCAGAAUACCAAUGGGCAGAGCAUCAAGGAGGAGCAGAGCAUCAAAGAGAAGAACUGCAAGGAACCUUCAGAGGAGGAGCAGGGUACCGAGGAGCAGAGCAACGAGGCCCCCACUGAAGGGGCGGACAACAAGGGGCCCGCUGUAGAGGCGGGGGCUCCUGAGAUGGAUCAGCGACGAUAUAAGAGAGGUCACCCCAGUCCCGUGCCGCCAGCGACCACGCCGCUGUCCACCAGGCACUCCACAGCCACCAUGAAGAGGGAAAGCCCUGGGGAGCUACCAGUGGAGAAGGCAGUCCCGGUGCCUCCCGUGACUAGGGGCAGAGGAAGGAAGGCCAAAACCCCUACGAGGAAGGACGGCAAGCGGAGUCCAGAGGAAACCGUGUUUGAGGUGUUGGAUUCCAUCGGGGGCGACGUGGUGGAAGACGCGCCAGCGGCAGAACAACCAGGACGACCCCGACGGGGGCUAGCGAACAAAGACCCAACGCCUGAAAAAGAUAGAAAGGUAGUACCUGACGACACUCCUGAAGGAACGCACGGCAAGCAGGAGCAAGUCAAGAAGGAACAGGAGGUGGCCCGUCAAGUCAUGGAGGAGCCACAAGGUGACGAGCAGCCUGCUGCCGGAAAGAGAAGGAGUGGACGAGGGAGGAAAGAGGAGGUGGCGGUCUCUGGGACCUCCAAAAUGGCCGCCAAAGAAGGUCAACAGAGGGUGAAGGAGGAGGAGGUGUACCAGGUGGUGGACUCCACCGAAGACGACCCCCAUGUGGAGGAGCACGUCGACCCCCCCGGUCCUAGGAGAAGGAGCCAGCGGAGGGACCCAGCACCGACAGUGACCAGAGCCCCCAGAAGGCCUGCUUACUCCACCCAGGGGGAGGAGCCUCUGUACCAGGUGGUGGACUCGGUGGGGGGCGAGGAGGAACCGGCUCCAGUGGAGGAACAGCCGCCAGGGUUAGAGCCUGGGAGGGGGGAGAGAGGUCGUAAGGUCGCGGGGAGCGACUCCGCGACAGAAGACAAAGCGGCAAAGAAGAUGAAAACCACGGAGCAAACCGUAACGCCCAAAGUAAACGAGGGUGUUGGAGCAAAGAAGGUGAUGGACGGAAGGAAGAAGGAGAGGCAGGAGGAGAACACUCUGGUGAGUCAGGAUGAGGUCAGUGAGGAAGAGGAGGACUACCCCGAUGAUUCAGUUGAGGAGGAAGAGCUGAGGAAGAGGCAGGCAGUUGAGGAGAGGAGGAGAGAGGAAGAGGAGGAGAGGAAGCUGGGAAAAGGAAUGGAGGGGCUGGUGACCCUAUAUGAGGUUGGAGAGGAGGAGGAGGAGGAGGUGGAUGAGGAAGAGGUUGGUCCUGGAGGAGAGGAAGAGAGUGGAAGAAGAGCGGAGGGGAUCACAGAAAAAGAGCUGCAGGCGUUGGUCACUCUGGACGAGAUUGUUGAGGAGGAACAGGAAGGGGAGGAGCCAACACAUUCAGAGCCCCUUCCAGACGACCAAUCAGAGGCCAGGUUGAAUACUGAGACGGUCUGUGAUGAAGAGAAAGCGUCUUCCUCCAUCGUUGGUGAAUGUAAACAAAGCGAGGAGCAAGCAGAGGAGUGUGUGAGCUUCGUGACCUUGGGCGAGGUGGGAUACGAGGAGGAGGAGGAGACACAGCCACGCAGCAAAAGAGAGAGGAAAUGCACCAGGAGAGAACAACAACAACAACCAGCAACGGCUAAACCCUCUGGAGAGGAAUCCCCGCCCAUCCCGGCUCACGCUACCUCCCUAUUGGCCGGCGAGCCCGGGGCUGUUAUGAGCGUCAAGGGAGCAGAGCCAAUGGCAGAAAGCCCCACCCGGGAUGGUCAAGAGACUGGGUCAGAGGAGACGAGGCUUCUGAGGAAAGCGUCCAGUAAAGUGAGGAGGAAGGAGGAAGGGGUGGAGCCUAAGAGAGUGAGAGUCCGCUCUCACUCUCCCUCCGUGGCCAAUGACUACACCCUGCCCGCGUUCACCCCCAACAACCCCCUUGGGUCGGAGCAUGUGGUUCCUGGGUUCUACUGUAAUCUGUGUUCUGUGUUCUACAAAAACGAGACCAGCGCCAGGACACUCCACUGCAGCCGCUUGGGUCACUACAACAACCUGAAGAAGUAUUACCAGGGUCUCCAAGAGGAACAAUCCAGGAGCCAAUCAGGAGGCUCUGCUGCUGGCAACUCCCCCAAAUGACUCUAGCCCCGCCCACAAACAACCGUCUCUUCAUUGGUUUCACCGGAAUAUGGAGGAGCCUCAUCUACGUUGUUCAAUAAUUUUUUAUAUCGUUUUGAGUGUGUGAAGAAGGAGAUGAGUUUGUUUAGCGCCAAAAGAAAAGGACGAUGUGUACUCUGACCGUUCAGACUACAGAAGGAAAGAGGUCUGCACUUCCCAGGUCGUUAUUAGAUGGCGUUCAAGAUAUAGAAGACGCCGCUGGUCUUACUUUUUACUUACUUUUUACUACUUUUUACUUUUUACAGGAGUCAUCAUGGUGUGACCGCUUUAUUAAAGUUCUCUAUGUAUUAAACUAUGUUAUGUUCAAUGAUUUCAAAUAACAAUGUUAAAUAAAAGUCAACAAAAAUUGAAUAAUUUCUGUCAUUGAGUUGUUUGGCACACUCUCAUAUUUAGCAGAUGAUCCAUGUUGGGCUUUCACC